CGUAAACAGUUGGGGGAAGCCCUGGCAUUUAGGAACAAGGAAACCUUGCCAGCUGGUUAACUCGGACUUUGCUUCUUCUAUUCGUUUUCUUUUUUCGCCUCGACAAACAAGCAUCACCACCCGACAUGCAUUGCUAGUGUUUUAUUUUCCUGCCUACAUAUAUACUCGCAAACCGUGUUUGGAUAUGGUCUUUACUCUCCAACCACUUGCGGCGCUCUUAGCGCUGGCGCUGGCGUUCACGUCCGCCUCGCCACGACCGGCCCAACAACAAGUCCUCAACACACCAUCACGACCCCCGGCUACCAUCCAGCUUGUAAAUAACUCACGGCCACCAUGGGAUCACCAAAAGCCCAUGUUCCCGCAUAACCCGGGCCAAUUCACAAACGGAUUCAUUGCGUUGGGCGAUUCCUACUCGGCCGGCAUCGGCACAUCCUUCAACGGGACCGAGAACGACUGUCGAGUCGGCUUGCACGCAUACCCGAAUUUAAUAUGGGAAGACCUCUCAAGGCUGCGAGGACUUGGCAACGAUAGCUUUCAGCAUCUGUCCUGUACUGGAGCCACGAUAGAAGAUGCCCUUGCUGGUGCAGAGCGCAGCCAGGUCGACAACAUCAACAUUACCGAUGCUGCCGAUUUCGCUCUGCUGUCCAUCGGCGGUAACGAUCUUGGAUUCUUUGAGAUUAUGAAUAGCUGCAUAUUCCGCUUCUUCAGCUUCUACUCGGGCACCUGCGAGUCCGCCAUUGCAGAGUCUGCCAAGGCUAUUGCCAGCCCGACGUUUGACCAGCAUCUGCGGCUGCUAAUUAUGGAGAUUCUAGACCGCGUGCGUUGGGAGAAGAAGCCGUGGUUCUCUAUAUUUAUUACCGGAUAUGCUCGAUUCUUCAACGCCGAGACGGACGAGUGUGACGACCAUUCACUCGGCGUCUGGUGGCGCGGUCCAAAGCUCAAGAAGGAAUUGCGACAGCAAAUGAAUGAUAUGGUCCAAGAAGUCAAUGCGAGGAUCAAAAAGUCGGUCAAAAUAAUCAAUGCUGGCUUCUCAGAGCCCCGUGUCUUCUUUAUCGAUUACGACGACAAGUUUGAAGGUCAUCGCUUUUGCGAACCGUCUGUUGUCGAGCCUGACUAUACUAGGAACGAGACUUGGUUCUUCCUAGUUGGUGGACAGGACAAUGGUGAAGCAAUAAGUGAUCCGACAAAGGUUCCCAUGGAAACUCCACCGGAUAAUGAAGAAAUUAAAAUCCAAAAUUCCAUGUGGUACGUCCCUACGUAUUACGGCAAGACGUUCCAUCCUCGAACGGAAGGACACAAAGCCAUCCAGCAAGCGAUUUACGAGCUGUGGUUUAAAAUGUACCGUAAUUAGAAAUUUGUUAAAUGAGAUACCCCCCACCCAAAGAAUGCGUAUAAUAGAUUUUAUCUUUACCAAC